UAUUUUUUUCGUUGAGUCACCUUUGACCUAAAAAUAAAGCUGAGAAAGGCUGUUUUGAACCAAAUUUGCACAGAGAAGUCUGCAUAUCUUGCUAAAUGCUCGCUGCCGCUCACCUACUUCGGUUUGUAACGGCUCCUCUUGCGCGCCACAUACACAUGUCUCGACCAGCAAGCGCCAAAGUUGCUGUGGUCCUGUCAGGAUGUGGUGUGUACGACGGCAGUGAGGUCCAUGAGGCUUCUGCUGUGAUGGUGCACCUGAGUAGGGGAGGUGCUGAUGUGGCCAUCUUCGCACCAGAUGUGGACCAGAUGCAUGUCAUCAACCACACCAAGGGAGAGCCAAUGGAGGAGAAGAGAAACGUUUUGGUUGAGUCUGCCAGGAUUGCCCGAGGGAAGAUUGCAGCCCUGUCUACUUUAGAUGUGGCAGGCCAUGAUGCUGUCAUCCUCCCUGGAGGCUUUGGAGCUGCAAAGAACCUAUGCACCUUUGCUGUUGAUGGGGCUGACUGUAAAGUUAACCCUGAAGUGGAGAAAACUAUCAAGUCUUUUCAUGAUGCCAAGAAACCUAUUGGACUCUGCUGUAUCGCCCCAGUUCUGGCAGCAAAGCUGAUUCCUGGCUGUUCUGUGACUGUGGGGAAUGACCAGGAGGAAGGGGGGAGAUGGCCGUAUGCUGGAACAGCAGGUGCUGUGGGGAAGAUGGGAGCUACUCACAUCAGGAGGGAUGUCAACGAGGUCCAUGUGGACACAGCGAACAAGAUUGUCACAACGCCGGCCUUCAUGUGUGAGACAAAACUGCACGAGAUUUACGAUGGGAUAGGACACAUGGUGAAGGAAGUGCUGGACAUGGUUUAAAAGCAGCAGCUAGUACAGCUACAAUGUAGUACAGAAUGUAGGAAAGAUUUGUGCUUAGAUGUGCCUCUUUGUGUCUGUGCAUGUGCAUGUGCAGCUCAUAAUAUAGCAGACUGCACUAAUAACGUUAAAUGACAUUGAGUCCAAGAUUGUGGAACAAAUACCAUGAGCCAGUAAAGCUGUAUUAGUUGGGGAUUGAAACUGUGUAAAGCAUGCAGUUAGCAGGAAACUGUGAAACAAUAGGAUGAGAAUGACCCAGACCCACACAAGAAAUUUUGUGAGGAGUAACCAUAUGAUGUUUGAUGUUCCAUGACCAGCUUCUGUGACAGCUGCAACUGUAGUGAGACUUCUUGAAAAGAAAUGCAAUGUUUCAGCACUGGGCUUAAUUUUUGUCUGCUUUCAAUCUUAGUGUUUGUUAAAGCUUAUUGGUAUGAUAGACCACUAGCACACAAUGCCACAAUGGGUAUAGUAAUGAGUUUAGUGAUGUCAACCUCAUCUUAAAUUUGAUGGACUAGUGUAACUUUGCUCCAUGUAUCUAGAAAAAAGGAAGAAGGACAACAAAUGAAAGACAUUGAAACACCUUUAA